AUGCGACAUAGUUACUAUGUAAUAUCUCCCGCGUGGGAGUGGGAGUCGCUACUGAACACUGUUUUGGGGCGGGCAAAGCUCGUACGCCACGACGAGCGCCUCGCCGCGCGCCCCGUCGAGGCACGACGACCGCGGGAGGCAGAACGCCAUGCUGGCCGGACCCAACGCCGGAGGGUGCGCCAGGGCCAGCCGGUUCGCCAGGCCCUGCACGAGCACGACGCGACGCGCUGGAACGCCGUGCUGUGCACGGGCGCGCCGACCUGCAGCUCACGCAGCGGCCAGGGCGCGGUCGCGGCACACCACCCGCCUCGGCGCAGGCAACCAGCAGCUGCACGAGCCGCAUGCCAUCAGCUCCUCUGCCACCACCACUCACUGCUCCCGUUUCGUGAUUUGGAUGGACAAUUGAAGGCCGUAUCCUUGUACAACACAAAGCAAUGGAGUGCCCGACUCAAAUUUCAGUUGCUUGCUAUUAGAAGGAGGGGUCCUCGGCCCGAAUCUCCAUCAGGUUGUGUCCUUGGACCAUAUAAGCUCCAUCAAAUCCCGUCCAAAUUGCAAUUUUCGACGAAACGUCCAAUGUCGCCACCGAGUUCGCCGGAGGAAGAAGUGCCGAGUUCGCCGGAGGAACAAGAACAUCCGUCCAACCGUCCAAUUUCGCCUGCCUCGGCUACACCAGAGGACAUAGCCACAAGGGAUAUUUCUGAGGGGCUGCGUCUUGAGCAAAUGAUCAUAUCCAAAAUCAUGACACGCUGCCCUCUAUAUAGUCACAGCUCUCCAUCCGGCAUGAUUUUUGUCAUUCUAAUGUUGGCAAGUAAUCUUAAGACUUUUUUCCCCGAGUGAUUCGUAAGACUAAUUACCCUACACAAUUAGCAGUUUUAGUAUCUCUUAUGCACCUAUAUAUAUCUGUAACUGAAAAAAUGUUCAGGUUCCCGCA